CUUUUUUUUUCCUAAGCCGCCAGUCGCCACGCGUUGGUAAACUCGUCCGGCAGUGCGUGGAUCCGACUCUCUCCGCGAACGACAGGAGAUACCCGCUUCGGAAGAACCCUGUAAGCCGAGCCGACGACCAGAGGAGAGAUGACGUCAUCGUACCGGGUGCGCACCAUCCCCACACGCACGGUGACCACCGUGCGCCGUCAACUGAUCGACGAUGACGGCGACUUCUUCGACUUCCCUAAGGCGCGCUCGGGUGGCUCCGAAUUCACCACGGUGCGCCACCGAGUCACGCCAGGUGGCGGCAUCGUCACCACAACAACGACGACCACCACCACGCCGAGGCGCGUCAUCCGCGACGUCAGCCUGGACGGCAUGGAUGCCGACCCGUUCUUCGCCCGCGACGUCUCCAGGCCUUCCCGGACCAAGGACCUCGAGGAGUUCAAGGUGUCUUUCGACAUCGGACUGCAGUUCAAGCCGGACGACCUGUCGGUGAAGACGCGCAACGGCAUGGUCUUCAUCACGGCCAAGCGCACCGACGGCAACAUCACUCGCGAGUUCGACCGCAAGGUGCCGCUGCCUGACGGCGUCGACCCCCUCACCGUGCGCGCCCUGCUCAGCCCCACCGGCGUGCUGACCAUCAGGUCCCCGCGGAACCUGUCCUCGCGGUACACCUCGAGCAUCUACGAGCGUCACGUGCCCGUCCGCAUGAGCCUGUACUAAAGGACGCGUCAGGGAAGAGCCGAGCUUGCGCUGGCAACGCUCAAAAGCUAAAUAGUAACCACAUCGCUCGUUCGGUAUAAGCAUGCAAGCGUCAGUCGAUUACAAUGGCUUCUAUUCCGCGUCACGGGGAUUACCAGCAACACGGCUCAUGCUGGAGGACCUUACGUAUAUAGGUCUCAGUUAUCACUCCAGAACAUUUGCUACCUGCCGACAUGCAGGGGCGCGUAUGGGCUAGAUGGCUACUUGCGCUUGAAGCCUACAGCGCGGCUGCAAUUGCGAAGACAAAAAAAUGCAGAGGACGACUGGAACAGUGCUACCUGUUUCUGGCAUUGUUGUUAGCAUUGUUGUUUCAUCUGUUUCUCACUGUAGGUUCUAAGACGACAAAAUCAGUCACGAAUUCGUGACUAAGUAUAGGGUAUGUAGGUGCGAACGGGUUUUUCCAGUUUUUCGUUUUCCGUGUCCAGAUUCAAAGCCACUGGUGCUUCGUCCGCCAUUCAGAGACUGUUGGCAGCAACAAAUAAAUGUCUCUAACAAGAAAUGCUAUUUAAGUUUUACUUCUAAGGCCUAUGAAUGGAACUGGUGUCCACAAUAUGUAGCCCUGUCGAAAGUGAUGAAGGUGCAGCCUGAGUGCGAGCCCUUUACUUUCCAUAUGAUGUCAUCACGAGGGCAAUUUAAAAAAAAGGGCAGACAAAAUUAUCAGAAAUUAAAGGUAAACAUUGAUGCUUUGCAACCAUAAUAAAGAAAUACAUACUGUUUACUAAAAACAAUAUAUCUGUUCUCCUAAUAUGUUGUUGACGCUGUCCCUGUUAUUGUGAGAUAACUAAAGAAAGCCAGCCUGGAGGCCUUUAAAGAAAAUAAUUUCAGCAAGCCUUUUCAAUGAGGCGCCACUUCCAGAAUGAAAGUGUAGCGAUUGCGAGAGGGCCACAACGUGCAGGAAAGAGCGCACGCACCUCCGAACCGGUUCCUCCUCGCCCUCUUCCCUCUCCACUGAUGGUGAGGAGAGGGAAGGGUGAGAAGCCCCAGGGAAGGGGGAGGCUGAAGCAAAAGAAAAAUAAAACCAGUUGGGAUUCA